UGGAUGACACGUGAAGGAGGUGAAGAGCUGCUCUGAACGUCUUCUUCUUUAGGAUUUAUGAAUCGUUAUCCGGUUGUUUUAACGUUUCGACGUUACGGUGGGGUCUGAAAGUGGUCGUGUUUCAUCUUCGGCUGCAGCAGCUGCUGCUGAUGGAGAAGGUGUUUCGCUGUCCGGCCCGUCAUGGCUACGCUGUGGAGGUGUCUCCGUUCAUCCCCAACAGACUGGCCUGCGCCGCCUCCCAGUACUACGGCAUCGCUGGUUGUGGCUCUCUCCUGGUCCUGGAUGAGACGGAGACGGGGGUCGCUGUAGUCCGAAGCUGGGAGUGGGGUGACGGUCUGUUCGACGUGGCGUGGAGCGAAGCCAACGAGCAUCUCAUGGUCGCCGGAGGCGGGGACGGCAGCCUGCAGCUGUGGGACACGGCCAAUCAGGACGCUCCGCUGAGGGUGGCCAAAGAGCACACGCAAGAGGUGUAUUCUGUAGACUGGAGUCAAACCAGAGGAGAGAACCUCAUCGUCUCUGGGUCGUGGGAUCAAACAGCCAAAGUGUGGGACCCGGCUCUCAGCCAAUCGCUGACCACGCUCAGGGGUCAUGAAGGGGUCAUCUACAGCACCAUCUGGUCGCCUCACAUCCCAGGAUGCUUUGCUUCAGCCUCAGGUGGGAACGCACGCAACAUGAGCUGUAGGGAUUCAUUGUUUUAGGGAGUGAUGGAAAGAAAGGAGGGAAGGACCAGGAGACAACCUCCGGUUCUGCACCGGGUUUAGAUGGAAUCCCGUGUCAGAGUGGGAACAGUUGUGUAGUCUGGUCACAAGGUGGCGCUGCAGCUCUAACACGGUGGCUCUGCUCUGCUGGUGAUUUUAAAGCUCCUCCUCUUGCUUCAGGACCUUCAGAGUCAGCUCCUUCAUUGUUAUGUAAAGAAAGAAGGUUUCACACAGAGCCGGUCAGCCUUCUCAUCUUAUUAUGAGUUUAGUUAUUUGGUGGAUGAAAAGCACUUUAUAAAUGAAGUUUCUAUUAUUAAUAUUUGUUAUUAUCUGCAUACACGGAGCAACUAGUUGGCGUCAGAGAUGAUAGCGUUCAUGCUCUUUAGAGAGCAGGAAAUGUCCCAUUAUGCUCAGCUAACUGCUGUUAUUUAGUCUGUUGAUUGGAGGGUUGUUCACAUCACCUCAUUAAUAACCAAGCAGCUUGGUGCAGUCUGAAGGUACGGAGGACACAGAUAGUCAGAGGCAGGUCUGCAGGUUCUCAGGGUAUUUAAUUAAACACACUCCAAGUAGUACAACAGAAACCUGGCUCAGUCCAGAGCUCCAUCACACAACUAGAACAUAUAAAGUAGCUCAGCCGGGCCGCUAGACAGCUAACCGGUCUCUCUGAUCAGUUUCCUGCUUCACAGUUAUUCACCUCGCUGACGAGGAGAUCGGCUCCAGGUGUGUCUCCUCCCACACCUGAUGCCAAAGCUCUCCUGCAGGAGUGGGUGGAGCCCUCUGGCUGGAAUGUAGAUUCCUGUAACUACCCUGGACCUCAGCCCCUGACACACCCAGGCAGACUGAGGCUCCACCCACACGAGUACGUCUUAAAACAGGACGAUCUCCGUCCACACAGCGUUUCAGCAUCGUUUUCUAAAUGAUCUCCGUCCAGACGAGCACGCCUGAAAACCAAUAUCCCGGGACUCUCCACGUACACUGGGCAUGCGCGUGGGUGCUGGUGUAAACAGGAAGUAGAUUGGUUGCUUAGUUAAAUAAUAAAGUAGUCUUUAAUAAUGAAAGGUUGUGUUUGAUGCUUAAAACCUCUUGCACAUGAUGCCCCCGAAUUUGGGGGCUCUCGGGCUCAGCCCCCCUGAAAAUAUUGUUUGGAAAAUGGACUUAUUGUUCGCCAAAAUUGUGGAUUUGUACAUUUUUUUUACCGGAUUAAACAGCAACGUAUGGGCAACACUAUCAUAUAAGUCACUUUUUAC